UGUCUGGAAAUUAGUCGAAAUGAAUCGUUGGGUUGGAAAGGUUUGCGUCGUCACCGGAGCCAGUUCUGGGAUUGGAGCUUCUUUGGCUGAGAAGCUAGUCGAUCAUGGAGUUGUUGUUGUUGGUCUAGCAAGACGUAUGGAAAGAUUAGAGGAAUCAGCAACGGUAUUUGCAGGAAAAGCUGGAAAAUUUCAUCCAUAUCGAUGCGAUAUAACAAAGAACGAAGAAAUCAUAAACGCGUUCAAAUGGACAACAAGUACAAUUGGUCCUAUUUCCAUUCUAAUCAACAAUGCUGGCUUUACUAACUAUACUACUUUAACCGAUGGAGACGAAACUAUUUGGAAAAGGGUGCUUGAUACGAACGUGAUGGGACUGUGUCUUGCUACGAGAGAAGCUGUCAGAUCAAUGAAAUCUAAUGGCAUCGAUGGGCAUAUAGUGCAUGUGAACAGCAUCGGAGGGCAUACGCCCUAUUUAAAUAACAUGUACCCUCCAAGUAAAUUUGCUGUUACCUGCAUUACAGAGGUGAUGAGGAAAGAGUUAAUACAAGCAGGAAGCAAAAUCAAAGUGUCUAGUAUAAGUCCCGGAGCGACAGAUACGGAGAUGUUACGAGCACACAGCCAAGAAUUUGUAGACACUAACAAGUUUCCAAUGCUUAAUGCCGAAGACGUUGCCGAUUCCAUUGUACACAUACUUGGCACUCCACCUCAUGUCCAAAUCCACGAAUUGAUUAUUAAACCUGUUGGUGAGAUAUUUUGAAUAAUCUUAUCUCAUAACAAAUAUAUAAUAAUAUAUAUAUAUAUAUAUCUCACAUAUCUAGUCUUAGUUAGGGGGCCGAACUGAGAAGUUCGUCUUAGUUAGGGUGGCGAACUGACAAGAUAGUUUUAGUUGUAGGCCCGAAGGUAAGAAGAAAAUGGUCUUACUUGGAGAAUCCAAAGAAAAACACUUACUUCUUAAAUACUAACUUAAGAGGAGAAUGUAACUCUUACUAAUAAUCCCUGAGAUCAACUAUUGUAUAG